UCUCCUAGCAACCUCGGCUUGGGGUCGCCUGCUUAGGCCUCGGCUUUUUGCCUGUUGCCGACUUUUAAAACAUCAACAACUACUAAAGAUAAACAACAACAACACACACCACAACAUCAUCAUCGUCGUCGUCACAAUGGCCUCGUUAGCGUUGAUGGAGCCGACGCGAUUGUACAAUUUGCUAAAUCAAAAGUCGCCGCAACGCGCGGGUCUGAGCGACGCCCAUCACAUCCUGCUGGUCGAUGCACGGACACCAUCUGCAUAUGAAGAAAGUCAUAUAAUCACAGCACGACACGCUAAAAAGGACCCGCGCGGUGUCUUCACGCUGCUUUAUGAAAACGAGCUGGAGUGCAAGGAGUGGUGUGUCGUAUAUGACAAUAAAUCGCAACACCUUGAUGAAGAAGGCCCGGGAGUGACUUGCGCUAGAAUCCUGGAGCAGAGCCGUAAGAACGUGGUGUACGUUCUCAGCGGAGGAUACGAGCGUUUCACCGCACUGUAUCCAUUCCUGCGCUCCCAAAAGAUCAUCUACACCCCACAGGAGCUGGACUCAUUAUUCGUGUACCCAGUGGAGUUAAUAGCCGGAUGCCUCUAUCUGGGAGAUGCUAGCCAGGCCAGCUGUGCCAGUGUUAAAAAGGCACUCAAGCUCCAAGCCUAUGUUGCCAUUAUGGAGCAGGAGGGAUUAAUCUGUUACACCAGUGACGCUGCACUACUGAGUAUCCCCGUGGCUGAAGACCAAGAUGCUGACCUGUUCUCCCACUUUCACAACAUAUGCCAGUUCAUAGAUGAAGCCCUCGAGUUGAAAAGACCGGUGCUGGUCUUCUCCCAAUCGGCCAUAAGCCGUGGUUGCACGGUGGCCAUCGCGUACCUCAUGCAUCGCUUCAAGUGGGACCUGCAGGAGUCGUGGGGGCAUCUGCUGCAAUGCCAACGCAACGUGCGGCCGCACCGUGGAUUCGUGGAGCAGCUUUCGCGUUGGGAAUUAAGCCUUCACGGCCGUGGUAUCACCAACAUAUCUGACCCCAACUACUGAAGACGCCACGUGGCUCGUCGCCAUUCCUCCAGGCAUGUUGUUGAGGACUGACUCGACUUCACUGGACAUCUAUAAAGCGAGAGUUCCAUACAGCUCGUCGGAUUUUUUCCCCCAGUCUAAAAUAAAGAUUCUGAUCCUUU